CGCCGUUUCACUGGUUCCCUUGUGUUUCCGGCAUCUGUUUUUUUGGUUUCAUUAAAACUACAUUCUUCUUCCUCUUUUUUUUUCUUUCAUUUAUCUUAAUUUCCCCCAGCAGCUCCAAUUCUAUGAAUUCCUUAAUGUUGCUUUAGAUCUCGCAAUUCACAAUCAGCAAUGGCUUCGGUUUCUUCCGGUCCUCGAACUGUAGAGGAGAUCUUCAAAGAUUACAGCUCUCGCCGUGCUGGAAUCAUCCGUGCUUUAACUUAUGAUGUGGACGAAUUCUAUGGCCUUUGCGAUCCAGAGAAGGAAAAUCUGUGCCUAUAUGGCCACACAAAUGAAACUUGGGAAGUAAAUCUUCCAGCUGAGGAAGUUCCACCCGAACUUCCAGAGCCAGCGCUUGGGAUCAAUUUUGCUAGGGAUGGAAUGAAUCGUAGAGAUUGGCUUUCUCUAAUUGCUGUGCAUAGCGAUUGUUGGUUGCUAUCUGUGGCUUUCUACCUUGGGGCCAGGCUGAACCGCAAUGAAAGGAAGCGACUCUUCAGCAUGAUCAACGAGCUGCCAACUGUCUUUGAAGUGGUGACUGAAAGGAAGCCUGUCAAAGACAAGCCUAAUGCUGACAGUGGAAGCAAACCUCGUGGUAGCACAAAGAGAUCUAGCGAUGGCCAGGCUAAAAGCAACCCACGGCUUGCAGAUGAGAGUUUUGAAGAGGAUGAAGACGAACACAGUGAGACACUCUGCGGAACCUGUGGUGGAAACUACAGUGCGGAUGAGUUCUGGAUCGGGUGUGACAUAUGCGAGCGCUGGUACCACGGGAAAUGCGUGAAGAUAACCCCUGCCAAAGCUGAGAGCAUCAAGCAAUACAAAUGCCCUUCGUGCAUGAAACGAGGCAGGCAGUAGCUGUCGCCGUCGCCACUUCAACUCAAGAGAGACCCAUUCUGUUCAUCCUGGUGACUAACAAGGUAUAUUAGUAAUAUCGGAUUUUGACUGUUUGUAGACCGUAACUGUUACUCUCUCCAUCCCAACUAAGUUGAUUCAUAAUCCUUUUUGGGAUGUCCCAACUAAGUAGAGACAUUUUCCUUUUUUACAAAAAAAACAAAACAUUUAAUCACUCUUA